AAACCAGCCAAUCAGGUGUCCGAGCGAUAUACACAGCAUGUACUCGAGAUAUGAAGUGGCUAUGUGCGCCAAGAUAAAUCUACGCUAAGAUAUCCUCCGAGUCGUCCUCAUCUGUGAUCGAGUUUCGAACGAGAUCGUGAAGUUCAUCCAACUUCCCUGCAUGUAUCAGCUCCUCCAUAGCCCUUUGCAGAGACGAGUAUGUCCCUCCCAACCAACCACUUUUCUCAUCCCCGCUCAACUUCGUGUUAGAGGUCGACACUUCACUGAAGAUAUCUCUGCACUCCACAGCGCCGCAAUGCAGCUCGCUUCCCGUCCAGAAACUCGUCCUCUUUAUAACCUCCGCCUGUAUCCCAUUUCUCUCGAGCGCUCCGUCUUGCUCGCCCAGCACGCGUUCGAAGAAAAGCUUAGCUUAGAAUCAAUACAGACCGCCUACGAGCAGGAACGUGAAAGAAUCGAGGAAGAAUGGCGCAAGGGCCGUGAUCGUCUCAUGCACUUUUGAGUAGACUCAAAAGCGCACAGAAUGGGCCUAUAACAAGGACAUAUUCUUACAAGAUACCGCUGAAUCACUCACCACCUGAUUUUGCAGAUCCCAAAUGCAGAGGUUCGCGAUGUAUACCCUCCCUCAGCAUGCCAGCACGACUCACUCGUGUUUCCGAUAGUAUAUCUGAUCACAC